UUAGGUGAUUUAAAUGUUGGUGAUUUAAAUGAUCCUCUUCAUAUGCACGAACUUCCGACCAAGAUGACUUCAGUUUCAGACGAAGCAUUUCGUGCUCCCUCCACUCAAAAAGAACCUGUGGUCGCUUGUCACGAUCUCUGGCGCUCAUGUUGGGUACAGGGCGACGCAUAUCAGCAAUACCAAGCUACCACCUCAACCGGAAUCCAUAAAUCCCCUUUCAACCCCAGCAACUUCCAACCGGCAAGCGUAUUCCUAAGAACUUCCAGCACCAGGUUGAAGCGUGAAAGUCCUUCUGGUUCUACCUCGUUGCCGUACUCUGGUAAUGGUACAAGUUCUACCACUUCUCUGGUCACUACCGUCGGUGACACCAAGAAUGUUCCCAACAUCAUUAAUAAACAGAGCUCAAUUACCAACAGUAUUACCCGGAGUUCAAAUAUCAACAGUAUUAAUAAGAUCUCUACCUCUAACAGUAUUACUCAAAGCUUCACAACCAGCAGUGUUGGUCAGAGUUGUGCAAUCAACGGUUUCAGUCAGAGCAACGGGUUCAACCAUGCUCAAGUUAACGGUAUCAGCCAAAGAAAUGGUAUCAGCAAUGGAACCGGUAGCAGUCUAGGCACCGGUAUCAGUCAAAGCACCGGUAUCAGCAAUAAUAACCAAAGCCUACUUAAAACCUCAUCGUCGCUGACGCUGACCACAAUACCGAACCAUGAAAGCCAAAACUCCAGUACCGACAUCAUGGACGCUGCCUUCGAUCGCUCCUACGAAUUUGCACUGAGGAAGAAUGCAUCGCUGGGAUUUGGUUUAUCCUCAAAGCAUUUGUCCACCCCAUCCCUGAACAAGGUUAUCCCCACAGCCUCGUACCAAAUUCCCCAAACAUCCCCAUCGCAGUAUCCCAUCCGGGGCAACAACCCUGAACAUGUGGGGGAUGCUAAGAGGUUAGACUACCUCAAACAACACAUGCUUAUGACAGCCUCAUGUCAGCCUAACGACUUGAAGCUCACAAAUAACUUAACUUGUUAUAGUCUUGCUCAAAAAGACGAUAAGUGUGCAACUACAACUUCUUCUUCUUCUUCUGAUGUACCUGAUAAAACAUCUACGCCCAUUUCUUCGAAUAAAUCAACCGAGGAUCAUCAGCAUCAACUAUCAGCACCAUCGGCACCAAGACAAAACAACCAUCAACACCAAUUGUCAGCACCAUCAGUAUCAACACAAAGUAACCAUCAGCACCAAUUGUCAGCACCAUCAGUACCAACACAAAACAACCACAAUCACCAACUAUCAGCCCCUACACAACCCAAUUCAGAACUUUUGACAGGCUCUUACCCUCUCCAGUACGGUACUUUACCCCAUAAAACCAAGUCCAAACCCCGGCCUCUACAGUCCAGGUCCGGGACUCUGCAGCGUCACAAAUCUUCAGCGGAAAUUUAUUCUAAAAGCAGUUCAGCGGCGCAGACUUCGUCCCUAAAUCGCUUACUCAGUAUUUCUGCUGAAGACAUUCGUCGUAGUUUGAAAGAAACUAAUGACGUCAUCCAGAGGCUGCUAGGCAGUGCGUGGAAAAAAUCUGCUUAUGUUAGGCCAGUUGAAGUUAAAUCCGGAGACGCUAACAUUAAUUCGUCUUCCAGCAACAGGAAGGUGUGCCGAAACUGCAAGUGUCCCCGUGAGGAACACAGCGGGGUGAAUACUCCCUCCGUGUCGGCAAGUUCUCCCAGCUCCCCCGACUCCCCCAUGGCGGCACAAGCCCAAUUUCCCUCCACUAAGUCCCCAACUCCCCCAAGAGUUCCUAAUACUCCCCCCUCCUCUUCUGGUCCACCCAUUUACGGGCCCAACUUACUGGGACAAUAUCCAUCUUCUUCUUUAGGGUCAGGUCCAAGUAACUCAUCCAAAAUUCCUCUCAAUAAUCCCCCUCAAACCUUUGGACCAAAUUCCCCUCAAGUACCAAGGUUUACUUCACCCUCGUCCGUCCCUCCACCGUACGGUUACUCCCAAAGUUCCACGUUUCACCCACUACCUCCUUUGGGGUCCAAUCCAAGUUUCCACGUGCUUUCUGCUAAUCCCCACAGCUACAUUUUCCCCAACUCCCAAAUACCGACCAAAAAUUUACGCCCUCAGUCAGAUUCAGUCUCCCCUCAAGUGUCCACUUUUCCCUCAACUGCUGCCCUCACAACUACAACCACAUCGGACAGCGUGCCCUCAACCUCCUCCAACCCUCAGGCCCAAACCUCAGCUCAAAACUCACCUAUAGCACAAGGAUCCAUCAUCUCCAAGAAGAAUGGAGUUGGAUUAGGUGUUGGAGUUGGAGUUGGGGGAGUUUUUGGAGGAGUUGGAGUGAUGAGCGACCACCACCGGCACAGCCACAGCGACGACGACUCCGGCUGCGCGCUGGAGGAGUACACGUGGGUGCCGCCUGGCCUCAAGCCCGAGCAGGUCCGUCUGUACGUAUUGGCGCUGCCUGAAGACAAAGUGCCUUACGUGAACUCCGUGGGAGAGAAGUACAGGAUCAAGCAACUGCUGCACCAACUGCCACCCCACGACAACGAGGUUCGCUACUGCAACGGCCUGUCGGAGGAGGAGCGACGGGAGUUGCGGUUGUUCUCUGCGCAGCGCAAGCGCGAGUCGCUGGGCCGCGGCUCCGUCAAGCAGCUGCCGCUCAGCCUGCCGCACGACAUGACCUGCGCUCAGUGCUCGGAGCGGCUGAGCGGGGGUGACAUCGUAGUGAGCGCGGCGCGCGCGGGUCCCAGCACGUGUUGGCACCCCGCGUGCUUCACGUGUUGCGUGUGUCGCGAGCUGCUCGUAGAUCUCAUCUACUUCUGGAAGGACGGGGCGCUCUACUGCGGUAGACAUCACGCCGAGAGCCUCAAGCCGCGCUGCGCCGCCUGCGAUGAGAUUAUACUGGCGGACGAGUGCACGGAGGCGGAGGGCCGCGCGUGGCACAUGAAACACUUCGCGUGUUUCGAGUGUGACGCGCGCCUGGGGGGUCAGCGCUACAUCAUGCGCGACGGUCGGCCAUAUUGUCUGCACUGCUUCGACUCCAUGUUUGCUGAAUAUUGUGACACUUGUGGUCACGCCAUCGGUGUAGAUCAGGGUUAGUAUUGUAGAGUAUUACUUGGCCGCCCCUUCCUGCCACGCCGAGGUUCCAUUUACUGCUCGAUUGCCUGCAGUAAAGGAGAGCCUCCUACGCCGUCCGACAGUAACGGCAACACGCCUGAUGGCCAACCGCCGAGCCUCAUGACGUCCAAAUUUAAAGCCAGUGAAAUUCCGGAUGGGUUUGUUGACUCCGAAUCAACUUCACCCAUCACGUCGAAAGCUGGGUACUUCGGGAGUGAUCGGUUUGUUUCCGAGCAGGCUUUAAGCGGCAAAGAUAUACGAUCCCCUAUCACAGCAACGCAAAAUUCGUCUAAAUCUCCGAGAUUCAAGAGAAAAACUUUAGAGAGUUCACCAUUGAAGGAAAGCUCGGAGUCAGAAACCACGAGCUCGAGAUCGCCGAGUCUUCAGAGGCAGGUUUCUUCUGGCUUGGAAUCUAGAAACAAACGCAGUGACUUGUCUCGGCCACAUGGACGAUUAUCUGCUGAUCAAUUACAUUCUAAUGGCAGAAACAACGAACCAACGAGAACAUCUCCUUUUAACGGUCAUCUAGGUAUUCCAGCUGCUGGGAUGAAUGGUGGACAUCCAGUUGCUAGAAAUUCGUCCAUGUCGGCAAUACAUGAAAAUUCCACACCUGCAUCAUCUAAAACGUCUGAACAGGGGAAUGGCGUCAUACGCUCCCCAUCCGCUUGUGGGGAUCAAAAGUCCAAGCACGAGUACGUUAACCUUCAAAAUUUCGCCCAAAAGGAUCGCUCGUCUACGAAGUCUAGUCAGAAACCAAUUGAUGAGACCACAGGCAAGAACUGUAAUAGCCAUCAAUACCUAUCUUCUGAAAUUGAUAGUUCCCGUGCGUCGUCGGAGACUAACUCACCUCGACAAAAUGAGAAAUGUUUACGGCAAAAUAGUAGGCCACCGUCCAGUGACCAGAUUCUUCGAUCGCCAAAAAUUAAUCAUUGUUUAUCACCCAAUCAAUUGUCUCCAAAAAUGGGACGAAGGGCUUUGGAAUAUAAAAAUCAUGACUCCAAAUCUGACGGUCAGUUUCUGAAGAGCCCACAACUUCCCGUACGAAAAUCUCCAGAAUUAGGUAACGAUAAAACUAAUGAUACAACGUCAGCUGAAGACUCGGUCAAAAAAUGUGCUGAUGCUCUAGAGGCUGGACUUGACAGACUAGUGCUAGAAAAGUCGCUCGGGAGAAUAUUGGCUGAACACGGCAUAAAUCUUUUACAAGAAGUGGCUACAAAAUCUCCACCUGGAACUAUAGAGAGCAUCUUGAAGAGUGUAGGAUCUAAAACUAAUAGUCCUCUCGAUGUUUCGGACGUGUCUCAUCUGAACCUAGAAACUCUGUUGGCGGCAUAUGAGUCCCACAGGAAGGAACAAGCGGGUGCCCACGCAUCGAUGCCUGAUUUAUCCACCUCACGAAACACUUCAGGAUCAAGUUCGCCGGCCACUUCUAUUAUCCCAAGUGGUGCGCUCAAGAAAAGUUCGAUGAUGUCGCCACAACGCGAUCGGCACUCGCGGUCCGUUCGUUUCGACCCAUCCCAAGUAUCUUCCAAAUCGGAAUCUCGCCGCCAAAGACAUCAGGCUCGACGGGAGAGAUCAGAAACCUCUUCUUCUUCGGGUUCUGCCACUACGGCUAUUGAGGUUCCCACCGGUCCCAGUAAACAUGGUAGAGACCCCAGCCGUCGUAGGUCUUCGCGUCACGGUAGCCGUAGACACUCCAGGCACGGUUUGCCACGGUCUUCGUCAUACUCCGGUCACGCAGACCAUGACGAUCACUCACCCCGAGACGGUCACUCCGCGCGUAAAAAGAACGCCUCGUCUCAGGAUUUGGACGAACCUGACUAUGACAGCGACUCAACGUGUUCGACGUGCUCGUCAUCAUCGUCUUCAGAUUUCGAUUACGAGUUGCCGCCGAGAAGAGCGUACGGGGGCGUACGGAUUAACUACGUUCCGAACGACGCCCUCGCCCUCGCUCGACGUCAGGCUGCGUCAACGCCGCCGAGUCUGACCUCUCCCCAAACUCGGAAGAAAUCCCAGGAAAAAGAUAAGAACUGCAUUAUAUCUUGAAAAAAUAUUGGGCGCUUGUGGUGCCAUUCAAUUUGUGGCCUUAAUGUUCUCCACUUAGCGUUAAUUGCUGACGAAGUUCUAUUGGAAUCUUGUCUGACCUCGUGAAUGCGAGAACUGGGAAUAGCUCGAUUUGUUUCUGCCUCGGCCCACGUGUGCAUAAUUAAGAUGUGUAUCAUAUGGUUCUAAAGUUCACAUUUUUUGAAGCUGUAUAUUAGGAAGUACAUGAGGAUAAUCCAUAAUAAUAUAUUGGAGUCUUUCCUCAUGAACCUUAAUUCAAAUACUCAUACAUAAGACGUCAUUAUUAUGCGUCAAUCUAAACAAUAAGCUUAAGCCAGCUACCUCUUACGAACGUACACUUACCAAAUAUCUUUCUUAUUUAUUAAUAGGAUCGUUAAUGAUAUAUAACGAAUGAUAUUAUCUGAAUAUAGUUAAGAAUAUCUCGGAUCCCACCAGUUUAGUAUUUACUGCAUAUUGGACACAAUUCAACAGGUUUAUCAUAACCGCAUUGGCAAUAUACAAUGGAAUCAAUGAAGAGAUAAGAGAGAAAUUUGUCCGAAAAGUGAUGUACUUAUUGCCCUUGUGUGAGUCAUCCUGACCCAGUUUGGCUUGGUAAAAAUGAGUAUCAGAGCUACGUGAGUUCCCUGCUUGUACUGUGGUUAUAACAAUAUGAACGCCUUUUGCACAAUAUAACUAAGUUUUCUAUGACAAUACGACCCGUCCAUUUCACUGAGUGUGUCAUAAUCAUCCACAUACAAAUAAUUUCGGACAAACGCAGCCGGGAAGCCAGUCGUAGACUCUACACUUUAUAAAAACUUACUAAAUUAUCUCAUAUAAUAUAAUUUUAAUGAAGUGUUUGGACGCGCCUAAGGAGUUAGAUCUUUUUAUAACUUUUUAACAAGUCUUCCAUGAUUCAGGGAGGCCUUUUGAUGCCGUACCACUUCUAGCGCUUUCUCAAGCCUGAAACAAUCUGUUCUGUUUUAUAAAUUUAUAUCCACAUUCAAAUCCCCCUUUUUUUUAAUUUGCCU